UGGCCGCCAGACCCGGGGUCGACGGUCGAGUGCGUCGCUCUGCGUCCCCGGCCGCGCCGGCCUCGCGCAACCUCUCGCGGCGCUCGUCCGGGGCUCGGGGCGGCUCCCGCGUUCGGCCCGGUUCCGCAGCGGCCUGGCCCGAUGGCGCCUCAGCGGAGGGGCGCGCCCAAGGCGCCCGAGGGCAGCGGGGCGACAGAGCGCCGGCGCCCGAGCAGCACGAAGAGUGUCCGGGCCCCACGGGAGGUGCCGAGGAAGUGGCUGAGAACCGCCGUCCCAGGGGCCUGUGCCGUGCUUGCCGGGCUGCUGCUCUGGGGCAGUCUGGGGGGUGAUGGUGGCAUCACUGAGGUCCUGGCUCACCGUGGUGAGAUGCUACCAGGCAGGUUCAUCGAGGUGCCCUGCUCAGACGACUAUGACAGUCACCGAAGGUUUGAAGGCUGCUCGCCUAGGAAGUGUGGCCGGGGCAUCACUGACACCGUCAUCACCAGGGACGAAGCCCAGCGGAUUCGCAGCAUAGCCGAGAAGGGGCUGUCCCUGGGAGGAUCUGACGGAGGGGCGUCCAUCUUGGACUUGCACUCAGGAGCCCUGUCUGUCGGGAAGCACUUUGUGAACCUGUACAGAUACUUUGGAGAUAAAAUACAAACCGUCUUCUCAGAAGAGGACUUCCAGUUGUACAGGGACGUGCGGCAGAAGGUCCAGCUCACGAUCGCCCAGGCUUUUGGCAUCAGUGCGUCUUCGCUGUACCUGACAAAGCCCACAUUCUUCUCCCGCAUCAACAGCACCCAAGCCCAGACGGCUCACGACGAGUAUUGGCACGCACACGUGGACAAGGUGACCUACGGCUCCUUCGAUUACACCUCACUGCUCUACCUCUCCGACUACCUGGACGACUUCGGCGGGGGCCGGUUUGUGUUCAUGGAGGAGGGGGCCAACAAGACGGUGGAGCCGAGAGCAGGUCGGGUGUCCUUCUUCACCUCGGGGUCCGAGAACCUGCACCGUGUGGAGAAGGUCCACUGGGGCACCCGUUACGCCGUCACCAUCGCCUUCACCUGCAACCCGGACCACGGCAUUGCAGACCCCGUGUUCACGUAGCCCCGGCCACGGCGCCCUCCCUGGGAGCAGCCACGCCGGACGGAUGCCCCUGCCGCCGGUUCGGCCCAUUUCCAUUGAACAAGGUGCCUUAUGAAUCACCCGGAUGUUGAUUUGCUGCUGUACUAAUCGUUUCUCGUCUGUAAGUAAAUUAGGGGAAGCGGCUCUUCACCUCCCAAGCACCUGUGUGUUUGAUUCAGUGUGCUGUCAACGUCAGGCCCAGAAAUCAGCAGUGAGCCGACGUACCCUCCUGCCUUCAGGAGGGAUCCCCGGGCCCUGAGUGGAAAUUCCCAUUUGUGAAUAGAUAGUCAUUCGCCCGGGCCUCAUCCAAAUUUGGAAACCACCGCGGCCCAUUGAAGACCGACUUUGAAAUGUGGACGAUGCCAUGGUCUGUAGAGCAGGUCCAGGGCGUGGGCAGCUCUGGGAGACAGGUGCGGGCCGAGGACCUAAGACACCAGUGACGUGAGUCCUGCCGGACACAGCAUCCUCCUGAGACCAAGCCGGUCACACUGCACGUGGGCGCCCUGCACGUGCCCCGGCAGUGCUGUGUGGGAAGGCAGGGCGCGGGUGCCCGGGGGGCAGACCGUGUGUGUAACCUGGGGAGGCAGCGGCAAGGGACCAGGCAGUAGGACAGAUGGGAAGCAAUAGCAGAUUGAAGCCAAGCAGGGGAGCACCAGUGGGCUGAGGUCCGUUAACCUCAGGCCCCCAGGCUCCGGGAGGCCGAAGGGGAGGCAGGGAGCAUCGUCCGUGGCACAUCCAGUCCCUUUUGGGCUGACUGACACUGUAAAUACCAGUUUUUCACUUGAUCUUGAGUUCCAGGAGAAGCAGGCAUAGACCGCCAGCCCUGAAUCCACUUUGUUGGGCCCCUGCUCCCCCCGGGAAGGGCUUUGCGGGCUCUGGUUUACCAUCCCAGCCUCCCGCCUCCCCUUUGCUCCCACCUGAACCAACCUUCCCCACCCAUUGCCUGCUGAGCCCCACAGAAUGGCAGGGGAGGGUCCGCACCCAGUGGCCAGGACGGGUGCCUGAGCCCCGUCCCCCCACAGAUGUGCAGGCCACGCCGUGACAUUGCUCAGCACCUUUGAGGCCAGGUCAACCCCAGGGAGCAGGGGUGCGGGCAGUCCCUUCUCCUGAGAAGGCCACACUGGGGGCAUCCUGGCUGCCAUCCCCAGCCCUGUGGACACACGAGGUGGGGCUCGUAGUCACACAACUGGCUGGUGCCCAGCUUGAGCUCUCUGGUCUCCCUCACUAAAGAAGACAGACCUGGGGGCGCGGGGGUCAGCCCGAAAGGACCCCGUUCCUGGAGAAUUCCCAUGAGCAGAAAGGAGGGAGGAAGCGACAGGAGGAUGGGCACCAUCCGGGGUCUCCACACACCCAGGGUGGAUUACUGGGCCAAGGCUUCGUUCCCAGGAAGAGGUGGGCCACUCCCCUCUCCAGGUCCCCAGCCCCCAGAACAGACCCUUCCCAAUCACCCCACACAGCCAAGACCCGCCUUUACCGGCGGGGGCUGCCAGAGGCUGGUGGGGUUUGUGGGGUGGGGGGCACGUGGCAGUGAGGUGCUGGCCAUGCAGUGGUUCCUCUCCUUGUGCCCAUCUGUAUGAGGCCAACGCAGGGUGGGGCUGGGGUUGGCGGUCCGCACCCUCCCGCGGAGCCCCAGCUGAGGCCUCACGUCUCGCCUCAGACACACUGUGUUCAGGGGCUUGGGGCACAUGUCCCCUCAGCCUGGAUCCGGACCUCCCUGAGACCCCAGCUAGUGCCCCAGCCUCACUGUCAGCUCAGGCACCCCUCCCUCCCCUGCCCAACACAGGUGGGCACCUGCUCACACCAUUCAUCAGAGCCUCCCCCACCCCUAAAGUCACCCACCCCAGGGCCACCUCCGCGGUCUUGACAGCUCCUGGCUGCCAGUGGCCUGCUGCCCAGCCUGGCACGCAGUGGGGCGCACACUGUCCACCUCCGCUCUGCCUGGUGGCCAUGGGCUUGGGGAGGGAGGCGCCAGAACAGGAAGGAGGCAGGGGUGGGGCUGACAGGCAGAGGGCAGAAAUGGAGGUACCCUCCCCACAGGCCCCCAUGGGGACCAGGGAGUACACACAUGGACGCAGGGCAGGGAGGGGGCUGGACCGCUGGGCAAGAGCUCCCCAGGCCACGGACCGCUCUGCCGCCACUCGGUAUCCAGACCCCGGUUUCCACCGCCAGGGGGAGAAAGGGGCAGGUCAGAGCUGUCCAGCCUGUGGGCCUGCCCUGGGCAGCUCAGGGGAUGGGGCUCUCCUGGGGGAGAACUGGCCCCUCGCCCCCCACAGGGGGUGGGCCCUCGGCUGGCCUGGAGAAAGCAAGUCUGGAGCUCCUGGCUGUUGGUGUUGGCAGCCCCGCUUCCUGCUCGAGCGUCAUCCAUCUGGAAUGCUAAUGGAAAAAUCCGCCCUGGCACUGGGGCUCCUGGUUUGACGGUUUGGGGGUGUGUGGGGAUCCAGGCUGGACUCUGGCCACCCCUGCCUCCCUUUACAUGGGGAUGGGGGCUACCACCUUCCGCUGGCCGAGCUCUCCUCCUUUCUCAUGCCUGGUGACUGGUUGAGGGGAGGUGGCCCAGCAGCUGGGGAUGAGCUCUGGGUGCUUUCUCCAGGGGACAAAGGGGCCCCAGCACCCUGUCCCCCCAAGGCUGGCCCUUUAGGUGACCCAAAUCCGGAGCACCUGUCAGCUGGGUGUGCACAGGUGCAGACUCAGGUGAGUUCAGGCCUCUCCAAACCGCUCAGGAUGCCCUCCCAGAAAGGGCCCCGUGCAUCACCCCACAGGCACUGUGGGGCCACCCAGACAAGCACUGACCCCCGCCCCCCUCCAGCGCAGAGGUCCGUCUGGGGUGCACAGUCUUCACAAGCAGAGAGCUCCCCGGGCAGGGAAAAGUACUGGCUACUGGUUUGGGUACAACUCAGUUCCCAAAGAAUGAGUUCCUGGAAAAUGAGUCUGGGGAACUUUGAAGUGUGGGUUUCUUGUUGAUAAAGAACGUCCGAAGUGCAGCUCCCCUGGUGACACGGACUCCGUGGGUCUGUGCACCGGCCACGCUUCCUGCAGAGGGUGGGACAGCCGCAGGCCACCCUCUGGGGGGCUGGGGGUGCCCUGUGGCCCCACCGCAGUGGAGGUCAGCAGCCCGUCCCUUCCAAGCCUGAGCCGCCUGGAGCCUGAGGGGCAGGAAUGUGCCUGUCCCUGGUAAACCCAUCACCCCCACCCGCUCGGCUCCGGGGCCUCCGGGGACGCAAAACCGCCGCUUGGCUGUGAAACCUCCCAGCUUCGGGCUUCUCCCCCGCCUCCCAGCAGCCCCCUCCACCACUCCCGGAACUCAGAAGACAAACGAAAGGAGGAAGGGCAGCGGGUCAAGAGUACAGUUCAUUUUCUCACUCACUCAUUCCCCACGGGGUGCCCUCCACGGGGGCGGGGGCCCACAGCCUGCCCGGGGCACCGGCUGGGGUGGGGGCUGGGGAACAGGGGGUGCAGGGGAAUGAGACAGGGCAGGGGAAGUGCCCUGAGGCCUGGCAUUUGGCCCCCCUCCUGAUGCGGCCGGGCACCCCAUCCCAGCCCGUCCUUGUCUCACUGGCUCUGCUGCCUAGGGUCUUCCAGAGGGGCACGUGCCCCCACCUGUAAAGGCCUCUCCUGCCCCAGCCCCAGGCCAGCCCUGCAGACCAAAGUCCGAAUUCAUGAUCCAUUCAAUCGAGGGCAAUUAGUGCUUCACAGAGUAGCCUUUAUGAAAAGAAAUCCGUUCCCCAAAUGCACCCAAAAUACAAUCAGUUCUGGGUGGACGCAGACACAGGACCACUCACUCAUACUUGCUGGGGGAGCAGUUUUUACUCCAGACGGACGCACCACCCAGCAGCUCCACGCCUGGAUUGACUCAGAAAUGGACGCAGAGACUCCCUCCCCAGCGCUCCUAGCCGCUUUGUCUGUAAUGGCCCGAGACUGGACCCACAAGGCCACCUGUAGGUAACAGGUGGCAGUCCAUCCAUCUGCAAAGCUCCUCAGUGACGAAAGGAACAAAGUACCGAUAAGCCAAGCGUGGAAACCUGGAGACCAGCCACAGAAGAUGGACAGCUGACGGGUCCCAUUUGUAAGACAUCCUAGCGGCAAAGUCUGUCGAAGCGAGCGGCAAGGACACAGCUUCGGGGGCACUGAGGGGAGGGUCUGCGCAGCUCGGGGCGGCGUGGGGCGGGGCAUCGCCGGGUCCUUGUCCUCGUGUCAUGGGAGGGUACCGGUGGGAAUUUCAAGCAUCUCCAUCCAGCUUUGGUGCAUGUGUGCACACAUUCACA